AUGCUCAAAUUGCUACUGUCAGUAAUUUGUUUCCUCUGCUUGACAAGUGGCGUUCUCAUCACCACUUCGACAGCUGCCACAACAGUAACUUUGGAUGCAAAUAAUUUAUCAAUAUGGCCACAACCACAAAUUAUUAAAAAUUAUGAAAACAAACCAUCACUUGAAUUUACAAGAAUUUGCUUUAAUGUUUCGUCAUUUAUUUCCAGCGAUUGGAAUAAUUUGGCCGAAUGUGAAAGGAAUUUCUUGUCCAAUGCAUUAAAUAGACUCUCCACAAGAUAUCAAUUCAUAGGUCCAAGCAAUUCGUCAAGUUGUGUUAAAUUCUCAUUGAAGAAAGAAACUUCUUCAUGCAAAAUUUCACUUUUAAAUUCAAGUGAAAAAUACGAAAUGUGGUUGAAUGGAAACUAUUCUACCAUCAAAGCUGAAAAUGUAUUUGGAACAUUGAGAGCUAUUCAAACUCUUGCUCAAAUUAUUGAUCAAGCAUAUUCUAUUGUAAAGAAUGCCAAAUCUCAAGUUAUUAUUUCAUCAAUUUACAUUCAAGAUUAUCCAUUUUACAAUUAUAGAGGUUUAAUGUUAGAUACUGCUAGACAUUUCAUUGCAGUUGACUCAUUGAAAAGACAUAUUGAUUCAAUGGAAGAAGUUAAGAUGAAUGCAUUUCAUUUACAUAUCACUGAUGAUGAAAGUUUCCCAAUUAACAUGACAAAAUAUUCACCAUCAACUUACAAAUUUAAUGGUGGACCAUUGACAUUUGAAAUUUUGAGAGAUUUGAAUGAAUAUUGUGCUGAUAGAGGUAUUCAAUUUAUACCUGAGAUUGAUACACCAUCUCAUUCACAAUCUUGGUCAACCUAUUAUCCAUCCAUUAUGUAUCCAUCGUGUACUAAUCAUUUAGAUAUGGGAAAACAAGAAACAUAUCAAGUAGUUGCCAAUGUCUAUCAAUUCCUAUUCAAAUUACUUGGAAGUUGGACUCAAACAAUUCCAAGAAUCAAAUUUACCAAUCAAUUCCUUCAUGCUGGCUUUGAUGAGAUAGAUGGUAAUUGUUACUCUAAUGAUGCAACUCUUAAGAAGUACCAAACAUUUGUUCUCAAUAAUAUUCUUCAAAAUGGAAGUCUAAUUGCAAGUGGUGAUUCAACUGAUAAGAUUUUACCAAUUGUUUGGGCAGACGACUUGAUUACUGAUUAUCAACUUGGCAAUACUUCAGCACUUCCCAGAGAUACUAUUCUUCAAAUUUGGAGAAAUGAUGCUACCCUCACUGAAACAUUGAAAUACUAUUACAAGACAAUUGUUUCAAUUUCAGAGCCGUGGUACAUUGAUGCUCCAUGUAGUAGAACAUUUGAAAAGAUUUACCAAUACAAGCCACCUGCUCACCCAUCAGUGAUUGGAGGAAGUACCUGUAUGUGGACUUCAUCUGGUGAUACAGAUAAUGAUUUGGAGGAAUAUGUUUGGCCAAGAGCAGCAGCUGUUGCAGAAAGAUUGUGGACUAAUCCUUGUAAUCCAAUCACUUUUUGGAAUGCUUCAUUCCCAUAUAAUACUCAAAAAUUGAGUAGAAAGACCAUUCUGACUAAUAGAAUUGUAAAGACUGGAACAGCAGCUCAAACCUAUGCCUGUUCAUCUACUACUAAUCCAACUUUCUCUUCGAAUUGCACAUCUGGUGUGACUUUCACAGUACCAGCCCAACCUUCACUGGAUUCAGUUACUCCACAACAAUCAACAGUGAAUCCAUCCACAUCAACCCCAACUGCAACCUCUUCCGUAUCUCCAAAAUCAUCUACAAAAACUCCAGUUGGAAAAUCUCAAUCAAUGAAUACUGGUUCAUCCACCACUAGACUAAGCCAAGCAAAUAGUGUCAAGAUUUCCCUUAUCUUGUUUGUGGUUAUCCUUGCCAUUGCAUCAUGGUAUACAACUCACUAA